AUUGCAUAAGCCGGAUUUGUUUGUUGUAGUUUAAAAUUAGAUACUGCGUGGAUGUAACAUUAUACAGUGACAAAAUAAAAACUUAUUUAAAAGGAAAGGAGUUUGUUGAAAACUUAACAUUUUGACGCUACAUUGUCUUUGAUUUUGUCAUAAUUUUUAUUUUAUAUGUUUUAAACACAAAACAAUGGAACAUAAAUCUGAUCCUCAACAACAGCACUAUUUCAAAGACAAUGAGUUCUACUGGUCAGCUUUUGAAAACAAAUACUUUAUGUUUCCUUGGCGUGUGUAUUACUGGUAAAUAUACUAGUGAAAAAGGAAAAUAUAUUUGACAUAAUCAUCACAUCAUUUCAAAACGUAAUUACGUGUAACUACAAAAUGGACAAGAUCAACAGUCCCGGAGCACCAAAGAUAACAUGUACCUAUCAAUUAGAUGGUUACACAGAAAAACAAUUCCAAUGUAAUGCCAUACAGAGGUGUUGUGAGUCGCGGUGUUGCGACAAUGAAAACUUGGAUACAUAUCUCUUCUGGGGUGGAGCAGCACUACUUCUUUUGGUACUUGUUAUCAGUGGAGCCUGCUGGUAUAUCAUGCAUGGACGUAAAAGGAACAGAGAAAUCCUUGGUUCGCAACAGCAACGCGUGAGCAACAUGCUUUCAGCAAAUCAAAACCCUAAGGAGUGUGUUGUGACCAUUCAAGUUGACGAUUUUGGGAAGGGUAAGAGUACCAAGACCUUUGUUUUACCAAGGAACUUCUCGAGCAUCUCGUUCACAGAAUCGCUGUUCAAACUACCAAGCAGCAAAAUAGAGAAAUGCAUUGCUAGUUCCCAUGAUCAGCAACCACUGCUUCAUGAUUCCCACUGGGAUGGGAAACCCGUGAGUGUGACUUCCGAAAGUUCCAUGCAUGAAUAAAAAUUACUAGUGUGUGACAUAUUUUUCUGUUGAAACGUUUACAUUAUGCAGUGCUACAAGUUUGUACAAGUGCUUUUCUCUUGUUUUAUAUGUAAAAAUGUUGUACUAAACUUUAUAAUUAUUGUUCUUCCAUAUUCAUUCAGUGUUGUGUUGUUCGUCUUUUUCAACAUUUUGACCAUAUGUAUGAUAAAAUAAGACACUCUUCAUUUCAAUACCUUUGUUUGAAUGACGCAUCUCGAACUUAGAUGUUAUUCGGGUAUAUAAACGUUACAUAGCUAAAUCCCCAGCUAAAAAUGAUAGUUGCAAAAUAGCGGAUUCAUACAGUUUUCAAGUUCUUUGUUUUGCAUGUCAUUUACCCUUAUUUUGACACAAUCUUGUUGAAAUCAUUUAGUGUGUCUUUGCCUGUCGGUUUUUAUGAUAUAUUUGCAUUUCAAAAUUCAAAUUAGACACAGCUUUAAUCUGGGAACUUUUUGAGCUAGUUUUACAGCGAGUGCCUUUGACUGAAACUAUUCAUCAUCACAUUUCAUCAGUACUGACAACGUUUUACACGAGAUAUCAAAUACAUUUAAAAGGGUCAAUCUUUUAAAUAAGUUCCAUUUUACAUAAAGCAUAGGUGGUAGGUUAUCUAGCGCGAUUAUGACUAGGACUGAACUGAGGUAAAAUAUGAUUUGUCAAGAAGAGUAUGUAUUACUAAAUGGUCUAGUUUUUUUUUCAGGGUUGAAAAACAAAAAAAAAUAUUAAACAUGUACAGUAUAUCUAAUUUAUAGUAUGUGACAUAAGAAAUGUCAGCUACAUUCUGAACAUUCUGAGUUGUUUCGUUUACACUCAUUUGAUAUAUAUGUAAUGUAUUAUAUAUUAGAUUUAUGACCAGGCAUUUGGGUGGAAGACAGAAUUUAAAAAUCCGAUAGAAAGUCAGGAUGUGUUACGUCAUAAGUUUAAAACUUGACAAUUAGUCCAGCUUGUUAUUUAUUCAUUAGUCUUUGAGAUGUCAUGUGUUUGUAGUAUACGCCGACAAAUGUUGGUUUUGAAAGAUAAAUGAUGCAUCACAGAAAACAUAUUAACUUUAUCAUUCUUUAAGAUAUUAGAAUUUAGUUAAAUGAUUUUGUAUGUGUUGUGUGAUCAUUUAGCAAAUUACAAACGAAAACGCUAUAACAUAAGUACCCUGUUUUAGAUAGUAAUGAAGAGAACUCUUAAGGGUCAGACCAGUUGUGAAAUAAUGAAAAUACUGUUUUGAGUGAUAUCAAUACAGAUUCAUCAUUUGCUGUUAUGUGUCAGAAAGUGUUCAAAAAGCAAAACAUUACUAUUCUAAUAUGUUGGAUCUAAAAAGAUAUAUAUAUAAAGAUAUAAGGAAGUAUUCUUAAAAGACUCCGCAUAAUAUUUUCUGUACGCAUUAUUCUAAGAAACUAAUCAUUCAAAAUUUCAUGCAGAUCAACCUUAUUAUGUCACUCUAUUCAACAUAUAGAUAGAUAGAUAAAUGAACAAGAGCACCACCUGCGGGUGUCAUCGCUUGUCUGCAAGUGCUGGAAAAUAUGCAAGAAAAGAGCUAUGGUUCUUGGCCUUCUCACUCAUCUUAAUUAAUAAAUUUGUUUCAAAGCUAGAGUAGGUAUUCAAGAAAGUGAACUGAAACAACAAACAACCAAUAAGUACUGAUUUUCUAAGUCAAAAUGGUCUAUAAUGCUGACAAAUUCAAUAGAGAGCUAUUGUUCUUGGCCUACUUAUUAAUCUUAUGAUAAUAAACAUUUAUAGUUCUUAUAGAAUUCAAGUUACGCGGACCGCAGUAAAAAGAAAUUUAAAGUACACAAAGGCUCUCGGCCUACAUACUCAUCUUAUGAUUUGUUUGUCUGUUUUGGGUUACCUUUGCAGUUACUUGUAGAAAACAAGUUUGUAAUGGUACAGAAUCCAGGAGCACUGGUUAUGUUAAUACUGAAUCAGACGUUUAAACAGCCGUUUUUUAACAGUAUGUCAGUUUCUCUCAAUCCUCUAAUAAAUAUUCGACACGUCAUACCCCCCUGCUGACUAUAAUACAGGCGUAAUUAUACUAGGUUUAACAGAAUAAUAUUGCAUACAAACGUACUAAUCACUAGGGACUGCAUGUUUGUAAAUGACAUUACGCAUAACGUUAUUUUCAUUUUUUUUUGUACUGUUGCAAAAUUCUAGGAAAGACAGGUAAUCAUCUACCUGGUUAAAUUAAGUUUCGGUAAGUACACAAUCUUUAUAUAUAGUGAGACAUAUAAAGGAGAUUUAGUCGUACUUUAUUGAAACAGUUUUGAAUAAAAACGCUAUAAAAUUUCAGAAAUCAGAAGUUGUAUUAUUUUAUAUUAAAGGACCCAACUGGAAAUAAGUUGAAAAACAGUAAUGGGUUAUCCUGUGUCAUAUACAUGUCUCUAAACAUAUAAAGCUUUUAACUAGAUUGAUCCCUUUUUAUGUGACAAUAUUUGUAUCAGCAACUAUGUGACCUUUGUGAUAAUUAACUACCUGUGAUAUUUUUGUGAUUACCAUUAAUUUUUAUUCACGAAUAAAUCUCAUCUUAUCUUA